AUGCUUGCUCGACGAGCCUAUUUCUCUUUGAAAUUCUCGUCACGUCUCUUUAGAUCCUUGUCUUCCAAAGCGGAUGCUUUUGACCUUUCUCUAGACUCCGCAAAAUGGCCGUCUCCGCUUCGAUCCUGCUCUUGUAACUCGCUUACGAAGAAAAAUAUCAAUGAAUUCGUUACAUUGUCAGGAUGGGUCGAUUCUGUUCGGAUUAUGAAGGAUUCUGUGUUUAUUAUUCUUCGUGACGGGGAAGGUCAAACCCAAACAUUGUUUGAUUGUGACAAAGAGGUUGAAUCGUUGCUCAAGAAAAUCCCUAUGGAGAGUGUUGUGUGUGUCGAGGGAAAUGUCAUAGCUCGCCCAUCGGAUGCAAUCAAUGCAAGGAUGAAUACGGGUGAAAUUGAGGUCAAGGGGAAAAAGCUGUAUCUGCUCAAUCAAGCUGUGGAUCUGCCCUUCCCUUACCACGGAAAACUCCCCAAAGACGAAGUUCUAUCCAAAUAUCGACAUCUCACUCUCCGGCAUCCCGAAUAUCAAAACGAGAUUCGUUUUCGCUCUGAGUUUCUCCAUUCCCUCCGUCUUUCUCUCCACUCCCAUCACUUCACCGAAGUCGAAACUCCUCUCCUCACUCGAUCCUCCCCCGAAGGAGCACAUGAGUUCUACGUUCCUUCGGCUCUGAUUCCGCGCGGCGGUUUUGCACUGAGCCAAUCUCCUCAGCAAUACAAGCAGAUUUUAAUGGCCAGCGGAAUCGAUCGGUACUUCCAGAUCGCGCGGUGCUUUCGAAACGAAAGCGGGAGAAAGGAUCGGCAGCUGGAGUUCACUCAGUUAGACAUCGAGAUGGCGUACAUCACCGAUCUCUCUGAAAUCCAAUCCACGAUCCAGAAUCUUCUUCUCUCCACCUUCCAAACCGCGGGGAUUUCGAACCCCGUUUCGUUUCGGUCUCUCUCCUAUGACGCGUGUUUAUCGGAAUUCGGUUCGGACAAGCCGGAUCUCCGAAUUCCAUUUCGAAUCACAUCGAUUUCGGACGAUCUGCAGAAGAUUCGCGUGCUUCGAUUCCCCAGAUUGGCUCCCCUUGUCAGCGCCUCCAAACUCAAACAGCUUCUAAAAUCGCUCGAAGAAGGGCAAUUCCAGAAAUCGAGGGUAAUUCGGGUAGGUGCGUCGAAAUUGGUGGAUGUGGAGAAAAUACAGAGUCAAUUAUCCGGAUUGCAAAACAACGAGCUGAUUUUGGUGGGUGUGGAACGAAGAGAAAACGAAGAGAAUGCAAAUGGGUACCAAAUUGAGUCCCUAUUGGGUCUCUUGCGAACAAAACUCUAUGAAUUGGGUCAGCAAGGGAAGAUUUAUGCGCCUUUCCCCGCGUUAACCGAUUCGAAGGUUCCAAUCGAAUUCUUGUGGGUGGAGAACUUCCCUCUCUUCGAAUUCGAUCAGCAAGGACGCAUCAAAUCGACGCAUCACCCGUUCACUUCGCCUUUGGAAUUGAUUUCAGCGAAUUCAAUGCGCGAAUUGAAGGAUCCAGCGAAAUGGACGCGACUGAAAUCGAAAAGCUGCGAUUUGGUUUUGAAUGGGAACGAAGUCGGAGGCGGGUCGCUUCGAAUUCACGACUUUGAUUUGCAAAAGACGAUUCUGACGGAUGUUCUGAAGAUUUCCAGUCCCGAUGUGUUUCAUCAUCUCUUAAACGCAUUGAAGCAAGGCUGUCCGCCGCAUGGAGGCUUCGCGAUCGGAUUGGAUCGUCUGCUGUCUCUGCUGCGAGGCAAAGCGUCGAUCCGCGAUGUGAUCGCCUUUCCGAAGAGCAUCACGGGGUCCGAUCCGCUGACCUCCGCUCCGACAGCCAUCUCCGAUUCCCAGUGGAAGGAAGUAGGAAUGUUCCUUGUUUGUUCAAUCAAACACGCAAAACGCUCAUUUUUUGUCUCUCGACUUCAUCGCUAUCAUCGCCGCUGCGCCCAGCGCGCCCAGAAUCCCCACAGCCGCCGCACCCCACGCCAAGGUCUCCCCGGUCGAUGGCUUCUUGCUGCGCUUCUUGAUGGCUACAUGCGUCGAUUGCUCUGUAGCUUGUGUCGCUGA